AAGUGCCCACCUAGGAUGCACACAGCUACAUGCCCGAGUGAGGUCUUUACAUUACUUCUUGGGUGAAUGUCAAGUAUAGCCUCGGGCUCGGGGCUUGUACACAAGUAAAUAAGUUUAUUACAAGAAAUAUACUGCACGUGUCUUCGUGGGAAUUUCAUCAGGGUAGGUUCCGUUGUUGCUGGAGAACAUUUUGAGGACUUUGGAGGCAGGAGACACUAGUUCGAAACCAUGAACCCAGCAGUUAUUUUUCUUGCAGCAUACGUUGCAAGUAUGACAAUCCCCCAGCAUUCACCUGUUCCGAUGAGCAUGAUGGAAACACAACUCAUGAACUUGACCUGUAAAGUGCCAACCUCUCUUCAAUGGAAUGAACUUUAUCAACUUGAAAUUUCGUUCUCGAGGAGAAACAACUUCUCCCACAGUCUCGUUAGUGUCUCACGCCAGGAACAUUACAAAGAUCUUUCCUUUGGGUAUGUUCCCGACCUCUUACAAUGCUUCAGGACAACUUUUUGAACGGAAUGCUUCCAGUUCCUUUUUAAUAUUGACCUUCCCUUUGACCGAGAACUCACAUGGACUGUACACGUGUACCACAUCCUACAGACUCAGAGAUGAGAAAAGAAAAGAAUCUCAAUCUUUCUAUGUUGGCGGGCCAUCGACGAUCAAAAAGAACGAAAGUGUCGACGGUUUCUCUGUAAAUUUUACCCCUGUUCUUCGGGUCCAUGGCACCUGGAAUUUACCAGCUUUACAGAAUCCUACACUUGUCUAUGGAAGCGUUAACAUCUCAGAGAAGUUUGUAGCAGGUGAUAGAGAAACCUGUUCAUCAGAUCAUCCGGAUAUAGCAGCACUGAACUUUUCUCACAUUUACUACGCCGCAAAGAAUGAACACAUCUUAAGUUUGGAUGCAUGCAUCAAAGUCCCCACACGGUGUGGUAGUGUUGUGUAUAUCACAGGUGAGGACAAGGUCUUCAUCACGGUUCAGGUAAACCUGAAUCCCGAAGAAAAGGAAAGAGGGACAAGUGCUGACAGUGCCAAUAGAAGUCAGCCUCACGAGAAGGGACCUGACACUAAUACAUCUUCUCCAUUGUUACAGGAGACGACCCAUUCUUUGACGGAGCAACGUGUCAUAUUUACAUUCUUGGGUCUUUUUAUGGGGAUUUCAUUGACCUGUUUGCUUGUCUACAUCAAACGGUUUUGUAAGAAGCGACAUGAAAACCCAAGCACGAGAACAACAGAGAAUCUGAAGAAAUGGACUCGCUUCUGGUAGAGAACAACUGUGAGAAGACAAUAGAAGUCGUAGAUGUGGGCGAUGAGCAAGAUGUCGCACCAGUCAGUGAGAUGUCUCAGGACGUGCAGCUGAAGUCUGGAAGGACUGCUGACCACUCGCCUGGCUCUGUGACGUCAGGUGACCCGCUGAGGGCCGCCCCUGCGACGUCAUCAGAGCAGCCUUUGACCUCAAGCCACAGAACGACAGCGGUGACAGACCUCGACAAAGAGUCUAGCUCUGUGGUGUCAUCGGGUGUCACGCUUGGCCCUGGUGACAAGGCAGGUCACAGAGAAAGUGCCAGACCUGUUUGUCAACCGGAACUGGACUGCGAAGCGGUUGAUGAUUCUGUUAGGUCCGGAGGUAGCCGGGUCAUUGAAGUUGUGGAUAGUCAGGUCAGGGCCCCUAACCUCAACCCUAUAUCUGGGAGCGCUUCCCCGCGCCAUCCUCAGCGACAGGCAAUCAAGGUUAUUCACGUGACCAGGCAAAUGUGGAAGGGGACGCAGGUGAGAAUGUGCCCCACCUGUGGGUCUCGUUGACUUUCGUGAGGAGUAAAGAUUUUUGUAGCGUAUGUACUCGCUCUUUGAUGAUAAUGACAAUUAUUAUUAUUGUUGUUAUUAUUAUCCCUAAAAUUGUUAUUACAGUAUUAUUCCACGAAAGAGAGAGAGAAAGUUUAUUUAUCUUGUUUCAAUACUUUUAUAUGUUAUAUGGCUACUAAAUUGUUAAUAUUGAUUUAAAAAUAAAGAAAGAACUUUCUCCGUUUAUUACAUUUCUAUCUCACGCUGUUUAAACUGUGUUAGUGUCAAGUGACAGUGGUAUUCAAGUCGUCAGUCAGUUUUUCUGACAUACUUGUCACAUAAAUCAAAUCCUAUUGAACUGUCUUUCAAUGUCCCAUGUUUGUCAAAACCGGAAACAUAUACUAAAACGUGUUUAAGAUUUGUCAGAAAUAAGAACUUUAUUCUUUAUUUGACGGUUUUCUAAUUGUCAGGGGUAGAAUAAACCGAGUAGGUCCCCGUAAUGGAAGUGGUUGUCCGGGUAGGGAGUCUGCGGGCAAUCAUCCUGCGCUUAUAUAUAAUGCGGGUACAUGAGUUGAGAGAGUUACCCAGUGACUGA